UGUUGUUAGUUGUUGCAGUCGAUUAGAACGUCUUGUUUUCGUGUCGUUUGACGAGUGUGUUGUUGCUGUUGCAGUUGCAGUUAUUGACAUUGUUGUUGUGGCUGGUGUCUCGAGAAUUGUGCCAAAAUGAGCGAGUGUGAGACGCAUCCAGAUCCUAAGGAGGACGAAAAGGCAAUGGAGAUAUUGCUUGAGCUCAAUCUAAAACAGAAGGUGGCCACUCGAUUGGGCAUACUGCUAGUAGGAUGCACCAUCUUUGGGUUCUUCUGCUGUGAUAGCGCUUUGGCCAGCCUAACACUGGGCGCCCUCUUGGCCCUAAUGCUGCGCAAUCCCACAAAUAUCUUUGCAUUCGUAAUGACCUGUCACAGGGAUAUCAUUGCGUUUCAACGCUUCAUUGCACUUAACAUUUAUCUGCUUCGCAAGGAUCGCAGCGGAUGCAUCGUGGCGCAAUGCUUUGAGGAGCAGGCACUAAAACAUCCGCAAAAGAUUUGUUUCCUGAUGGACGAGCGUCACCUGAGCUUCGGUCAGGCCUUGCGGUUCAGCCAGCAGGUGGCGGGCUACUUUCAGAGCCGCGGGUUGCAGCGCGGCGAUUGCGUAGCGUUGCUGAUGGAGACGCGGCUGGAGUACACUAGCCUGUGGCUGGGUCUCAGCCAGCUGGGAGUCAUCACGGCUCUCAUCAACUCACAUCUGCGCGGGGACUCUCUGCUGCACUGCAUCCGCGUAGCCAAGGCCUGUGCCGUCAUAGUGGGCAGCGAGCUAAGCGAUGUGCUGCUGUCGCUGCCACCAUUGGAGCUAUCCAUCUAUCAGUACGCGGACGUGGAUCAGCAUACCUUGCUGCCAGGUGCCGUCGACCUAAGAAGCGCUCUGGCUGCACAAGAGCCAUUGCCGUUGAGUCGCCAUCCUCAAAGCAAUGCUCGGGAUAAACUGCUCUAUGUAUAUACGUCUGGCACCACAGGCCUACCUAAGGCAGCGGUCAUCACUAAUCUGAGGUUUCUAUUCAUGGCAGCGGGCGCGUUUUAUAUGCUGAAACUGAAUCGAGACGAUGUGGUCUACAAUCCUCUGCCGCUUUACCAUACAGCCGGUGGAAUUGUGGGCGUCGGGAAUGCCCUACUCAAUGGGUGCACCGUGGUGCUGCGCAAGAAGUUCUCCGCCUCAAAUUUCUGGAGCGACUGCAGCAUGUACAACUGUACCGUGGCCCAGUACAUUGGCGAGCUGUGUCGCUACCUCCUUGCGACGCCGUACAAGCAGUCCCUGCAGGAGCCAUUGCACCAGUUGCGCCUCAUGUACGGAAACGGGCUGCGGCCGCAAAUCUGGACGCAGUUCGUCUCUCGCUUCGGCAUACCUCAGAUAGGGGAGAUCUAUGGCGCCACUGAAGGCAAUUCGAAUCUAAUUAACAUCACAAAUCGCGUGGGCGCAAUCGGUUUUGUGCCCGUCUUCGGGCGCAACCUCUACCCCGUCCAGAUAAUCCGUUGCGACGAGCUCACGGGCGAGCCGCUACGAAACUCCAAAGGCCACUGCAUACGUUGUGCUGCCGGCGAGGUGGGCCUUCUGGUGGGUCAGGUGGAUGCGCGGCGUGCAGUUAGCGCGUUUCAUGGCUACGCGGACAAGGCGGCCUCUGAGCAGAAGCUAUUGCGCGGCGUCUUCAACAAAGACGAUUGCUACUUCAACUCGGGCGACAUGGUUGUCUGCGAUAUAUUGGGCUAUUUUUACUUUAAAGAUCGCACCGGCGACACUUUCCGUUGGCGGGGCGAGAAUGUGGCCACCCAAGAGGUGGAGGCGAUCAUCACCAACUGCAUUGGGCUCAGCGACUGUGUGGUUUAUGGCGUGCAGAUACCCUAUGUGGAGGGCAAGGCUGGCAUGGCGGCGAUUGUAGAUCCUUCGAGGAAAGUUGACAUAGAAUAUCUGUCUGUUGGGAUACGCGGAAGCUUGCCGCCCUAUGCGCGACCUCUAUUCAUUCGGCUGCUGGACGAGAUACCACGCACAGCCACCUUCAAGCUGAAGAAACGGGAGCUCGCGCUAGAAGGCUACAAUCCGGAGUUAGUUAAGGAUCCCAUCUACUUUUUGAAUCGCGAUGGCAUCUAUCGGCAGCUCAGCAGGGAGCAGUAUGCCUCACUGCUGGCAGGAACUGCAGGCCUUUGAGAGGGUCCCAAAAGGGCUCCCGAUUCGUUCCUUACACUUAAGCUUAAUCUAGCUCAUGUACACAGCCAUUCACACCCAUUCAUAUCUGUUCAUACAGUUACUCGCAAAUGUAUUUUAACACUUAAAAGAAACGACUGAUGAAACUUUAGCCAAAGCCGAGCGCGUUUCAUUCCCAUAACUUGGCCAUAAAAAUGGCAGCUGAACCGAUAAUGGCCGCCAAUACAUUUCCGGUGGAUGCAACAUGGUGGGGCACGCAACGCCAUGGAGCGACCAUAAGCAGCAGCACACAAGACAGCGCCGGCCAAGAUAUAUCGAAAGUGUUAAAUCCCCAAGAUUAAGUUCUCGCUCAUUGGCAGCUGCUGUGGCCGUUUUGGCUGUUGCUGCUGUUGCUGCUACAGUUGCAACAUUAACGCCAUUUCCGUUCGCUAGCGCCAGCUGCGACGCAACAACGGCGACGGCAAAGCCAACAACGUUUUGCCGUCCUCUAAGAUAAACGAUGUGCAAAAUCCAUACAAACAACAACAAAGCAGCUGCAGUCGA